AUGGAUGACAUGAACUUCACAACGGUCAUGGACAGCGGCCUAUCGGAAGAGGCUUCCUCAAGUCGAGUUCUGACUGGCUGUUUCCUCUCACUGCUUAUCCUCACCACACUGCUGGGCAACACGUUAGUGUGCGCUGCAGUCACCAAGUUCCGCCACCUGCGCACCAAAGUCACCAACUUUUUUGUCAUCUCGCUGGCAGUGUCGGAUCUCUUGGUGGCCAUCUUGGUGAUGCCUUGGAAGGCAGUCAGCGAGAUCGCCGGUUUCUGGCCGUUCGGCUCCUUCUGUGACACCUGGGUGGCCUUCGACAUCAUGUGUUCCACAGCUUCCAUUCUCAACCUGUGCGUGAUCAGCUUGGACCGCUACUGGGCAAUCUCCAGUCCCUUUCGCUACGAACGUAAAAUGACGCCCAAAGUAGCGUUCGUGAUGAUCAGCGUCGCAUGGACGCUGUCUGUUCUUAUUUCCUUCAUUCCAGUACAGCUCAACUGGCACAAGGCUCAAACAACAUCUUUCAGCUCACUUUCCUCCCCCACCUCAGGACUUCUAAGAUCAAAUGUCACGUCAGAGAAUUGUGACUCCAGCCUGAACAGAACCUACGCCAUCUCUACCUCACUCAUUAGCUUCUACAUCCCCGUCGCCAUCAUGGUUGUCACCUACACCCAAAUCUACCGCAUCGCGCAGAGGCAGAUCAGGAGGAUCUCUGCUUUGGAGCGAGCGGCUGAGAGCGCCAAGAACCGACAUGACAGCAUGGGAGGAGGCUCCAGCAUCGCUGAAUCGGAGAACUCCUUCAAGAUGACCUUCAAGAGAGAAACUAAGGUUCUAAAGACACUGUCUGUGAUCAUGGGCGUGUUUGUGUGUUGCUGGCUCCCGUUCUUUGUGCUCAACUGCAUGGUGCCCUUCUGCGAGCAGUCGAGCGGAAGAGAGGCUUUCCCCUGUGUCAGCCCCACCACCUUUGAUGUGUUCGUGUGGUUCGGAUGGGCCAAUUCCUCCCUCAACCCCAUUAUCUACGCCUUCAAUGCAGAUUUUCGCAAGGCCUUCUCCAUCCUGCUGGGAUGCCACAAACAAUUUCCAGGAGGCCACAACAUCGAGACAGUUAGUCUAAACAAAAAAUGA